CAAAAUUCAGACUGAAGAGAUGAAGAAGGUUAGAGCAAACUGAUGAUGAUAGAGGGGAGAGUUAAAGCAUUUGAGUGAGAUACUGCGAAUGUUUUUAAAGAGCGAGAUAUGUGCAAGGUGGAUGGGGACUUCAUUGAUAGAGUGUUGGCAUCAAAACAGAAUUCUGGUUUUACUUCUGUGCUCUUUUAUGCUUCCUGGUGCCCGUUUUCACGCAGGUUGAAUCCUACUUUUGAAAUGCUUAGCUUCAUGUUCCCUCAAGUGGAUCAUUUGGCAGUAGAGCAAUCUUCAGCCUUCCCAAGUGUGUUCUCAAGAUAUGGUAUCCCUAGCUUCCCUUCUAUUUUAGUAGUCAAUCAUACAUCAAGGGUGCGAUAUCAUGGCCCAAAAGAUCUCCUGUCCCUUGUACAGUUUUACCAGAAAACCACAGGACUUGAGCCAGUUCAACAUUACCAUCAUGAUCAAUCCGUCAGUUACGAACGCGCUGAAAAAUCCAUAAUCCGAUCAAUGAAUAAUAUGCCGUCAUUAAAAGAGGUUUCAAGGAGAGAACCCUAUUUAGUUUUCGCUACAUUGUUUCUCUGUCUUAGGUUACUUCUACAUAUACUGCCUAAGGUAUUGACUCACCUGAAAGCCUUUUGGGUUCUAUACAUUCCCCAUUUCAACAUGGGAAUAUUUGGGGAAACGAGUCAAAUCAUGGGGCGUAUCCUCCACAUGGUUGAUGUUAGGAGGAUUUGGAACAAGCUGAGAUUAUGCAAGACCAGGAAUUUCCAUGAAGGUGCAAAGAAUGCCAGGGUUUGGGCUUCUUCCCUGACUUCAGUCUCGUUGGGUGAAUCCUCAUCGGCUAGAUCAUUGUCAUCUUAACUGCAGAACUCACAAUCUUGUACAAGACAAAUCCAGGGGUAGAGAAGAGCCUCUCUAUGUGAGGUUUUUGGGGCAGGUAGUUCUCUCCCUUGCUCACUGUAUUUACCAGUAAUGAUCGUUGAAGCUGUUGUCCAUGUUUGAGUUGGGAUUUUAGGAAAGCAAACAAAGUAAUGUAAAUUUGAGAAUAUCGUGGCUUUUGUAAAUUACUUAUGAGUUACCACCGGAAUGUAAUAUCAACUUCCCUCCCAUAAGGGAUAGCUUCGAAUAUUGAAGUGAGGACAUUCUAGCUUACUAUG